AUGACUGAAAUUGACCAGUCUAUUCUGAAUGAUGUUGACAUGUACCAUGACGAAAAUGAUACUAGUAAUGAAGAUGAAUCUGUUAGCAAUUCAGAAUAUACUAUGGAGUCUAUGGAGCUUGAUAAUACUAUUUCAUAUAAGUGCGCAUGUAAUUUUGAGGACAGUGAGGGUGAAGCUCACAUUUACGACAGCAGCCAAAUCAGUACAAAUACUUUUAUCAAGGCCGAGUUGAUGAGUAUUCAUCUGUCUCAAUUGAUGCUACAGCAUAGAAUUGCUAGAGCAGCAUAUAGAGACAUUGUUCAAUUUAUAAACACUGUCAUCCGAGACCAUGACGAUAUAAUGAUGGAACCUGGGGCUAAGAUCAGUCAUGGCGAAACUGUUGAUGCUUUGCUCAAGUCAAAGUCAAGUGUCAAGGGCCAUGAGUAUGAUGUCUGCUCUAGUGGUUGUCAAUUUCAGACACCAGCCGCCAGUAUGAAACUUAUGUCAGUUGGGGAUAUGCUUUCUCAAAUGUUGGCAGAUCCAGCCACAAGAGAACUCCUCUGUUACAGAGCAAACCGGGAAUCUGUAGCUGGUCAGCUAACCGACAUUUUUGAUGGUGACAAUUACAAGCAGUUGGUACAGCAGGGCCUGUUCUCCAAUCCCAAUGAUAUUGCCAUUGGGCUUUAUACCAAUGGGUUUGUCAAUCAAAAGAAAGGCAAAAACUCAUAUACCAUCAUCCAUUGCAUAAUAUUCAACCUAGACUCAUCCAUCAGACGGCAUGGCAUGUACUUUGAUGACAUUUCCGCCCGGUUAAGACCUUUGGAAGACUUCAAAGUAGGUAACCCUUCGAAGAACAUAUACCAGCCGAGCAUAUAUACCCAACUCUCAACCUUCUCUGGAUCAUCAUUUUUUGCAUUAGAUGAACUUCAUUUAAUUGCAAGAGGGAUUGGAAAGCUUGUGUAUGACCUGAUUACCGUCACCCUCACAAAGGAAACCAAAUUUUAUUAUACCCAUCCAGACAAUACCCUCAAUACCACCGAAUACCCUUUUCAUAUACCAAGAGCAGACCUUGUAACAAUUGGAAACUGUAUUACCAGCUCACGAAAAUAUAUACCCACCUCAUUUCAAGGUAGUUUCGACAACGUAUUUGCCAAGAUCGAUGGUACUCGCGCAGUAGACUGGCUUUACUUUCUCUUAUACCUUGUCCCCACUUUGGUUGUGCCUUAUUUACCAAAUAGGGCUGUCAAAACAGCUCUAUUAUCUCUCGUGAAAGGUUGUGCGCUUGCCUUGCAAUGGACGUUGACAUCAGAAUUGCUUGAUGAGAUGGAGUCAUACUUCAAGCACUGGCACUCGUUUUUAUAUCAACAAGUCCAGAAUAAUACCCUGUCUCGUAGUGUUUUCCAACCAGUGCAACAUUACCUGGUCCAUAUACCCUAUAUCAUCAAGCAGCAAGGCCCCCUGCAAUGCUACUCCACUUGCUCAAUGGAGAGAGUAAUUGGCGUCUUCUCGAAAUUGAUAAAGUCCAAAUCAAAGGGUGGCCGAAACGCCAGUUUUCUUGUCAAGCGAUUUGCGAUUCACAAUUAUACCAGCACGGCAAUCAGCAUCUGUGAUGAAAUCAACCUCAUUCGGCCAAAGCCAUAUGGAAGAGAGAGCUACAUGGACCUUCCUAAUGAUCCUAGUGGUGCGCAGUUGUGGGAGCCGUUUCAUCAGUUUGUUAAUUUGAACAAUGAUUCGGUGGAAGGUGUAGGUGGCCCUAGUGUGAAGGAAGCUUUAUUGAAAUACUACCGGAGAACAACAGGCUUGACUGGCCACGAGUUUGGUGACUCUGUUGUUGUUGUAGUUGCACGUCUGUGGAUGGACUCAACUGUAUAUUCCUCAUGCAUCAACUGUAAUGUAAUUGUUCACAGCUGGCUCGUUGGUACAGUACAGUUCUACUUUCAGCAUGUAGAUUUCUAUGGCUUCCCACACUUUCUUGCUUUCGUGGAGGUCAUGAAGGAACAUGACGCGGCUGGUCAUGACUCAUCAGUACCUAUCGUCAAACAAUGGUCACAAAGCACCCAUACACUAGGCCACCAAAUGCAACCGACUUAUGCAGUUAUAAGUGUAAAUGACAUUUGUCAUCAAGUUGGUCUGGUCCAAUACCCACCGAAUGGAAACCAGUUUUAUGUAAUCGCGCCCUAUUAUAUCUUUAACAACAACAUGUGCAUUACUAAAGGCAAUCUUUCCAUUCUGUAA